GUGCGCACGCGUGUGUCAGUGCGCGUGUGGACAACAAACAUGGCGACAGGAUGGUGCGGGAAGGGGAGCGCGCUGGCUAUGGUGGUGUUGGCGGUUUGCGGGGUCUGCGCGGGCGCAGCGGAGAGGGGAGCGGGCGCGGGGGGAUCCGGGGACGCGGGCGGAGAGCCCCGCAUCCUGGGCGUGCGGCUGGAGGGCAGCGACAAGCCGUUCACGACCACCGAGGACGGCGUGAUCCAGGUGACCGAGGAGAGCAGCGUGUCCCUUCGCUUCUACGGGCUGCACCUGAGCAACGACACCCGGGCGCAGGUGAGGUUCGUGGAUCUGGGCGGGGACGCAGGUGGAGGUGGUGCAGGUGGAGGUGGAGGUGGAGGAGGUGAGGAUGCGCUGAACGGCACCUGCGACGAUGUCACCAAAGACAUCACCGUGCGGGGCAGCAUGAACGUGAGUAAGCUGGGCACCUCUGCGGUGCUGCGCGUAAAAGUGAAGCUGCUGCGUAAAAGCGAGAAGCAGAGGGACUAUGGCAUGUGCACGAGGAGCCAGAGGGAUGGUAGGUGGCAUCUGCUGGGCGAGCAGGAUGGCAAGCUGCGUGUGGUGGAGGAGAAGAAGUCACUGCUGCCUCUGUGGCUCCAGGUGAUUCUGAUCUGUGGCCUGCUGGUGCUGUCAGGUAUGUUCAGUGGCUUGAACCUGGGCCUGAUGGCACUGGACCCAAUGGAGCUGCGCAUUGUGCAGAGCUGUGGCACCGACAAGGAGAAAAAGUAUGCCCGCAAGAUCGAGCCCAUCCGCAGGGAAGGGAACUACCUGCUCUGCUCCCUCCUUCUAGGCAACGUCCUGGUCAAUACCACCCUCACCAUCCUCCUGGAUGACCUCAUAGGCUCAGGUGUGGGCGCGGUGGUGGCCUCCACCAUUGGCAUCGUCAUCUUCGGCGAGAUUGUGCCCCAAGCCCUCUGCUCUCGCCACGGCUUGGCGGUGGGUGCCAACACCAUCCUGCUCACUAAGUUCUUCAUGCUGUUGACCUUCCCCAUGUCCUACCCAGUCAGCAAGCUGCUGGACUGCGUCCUGGGCCAGGAGAUGGGCACCGUCUACAACCGUGAGAAGCUGGUGGAGAUGCUGAAGGUGACCGAGCCGUACAAUGAUUUGGUGAAAGAGGAGCUCAACAUGAUCCAGGGAGCCCUGGAGCUCAGGACUAAGACAGUAGAGGAUGUCAUGACCCCUCUCAGCAACUGCUUCAUGAUCCACAGUGAUGCUGUGCUGGACUUCAACACCAUGUCCGAGAUCAUGGAGAGCGGGUACACUCGCAUCCCCGUCUUCGAGGAUGACAGGACUAACAUUGUGGAUGUCCUGUUUGUGAAAGACCUGGCCUUCGUGGAUCCUGACGACUGCACCACCCUCAAGACCAUCACCAAGUUCUACAACCAUCCGGUCCACUUUGUUUUCCAUGACACCAAGUUGGACUCCAUGUUGGAGGAGUUCAAGAAAGGUAAAUCCCACCUGGCCAUCGUUCAGAAGGUGAAUAACGAGGGGGAUGGGGAUCCGUUCUACGAGGUUCUGGGAUUGGUCACUUUGGAGGAUGUAAUCGAGGAGAUCAUCAAGUCGGAGAUUCUGGAUGAAUCGGAUCUUUACACUGACAAUCGUACCAGGAAGAGGGUGGCACCCAAUAAGAACAAGCGAGAUUUCUCCGCCUUCAAGCACGAGAGUGAAUCUAAAGUGAAGAUUUCUCCUCAGCUUCUGCUGGCCGCCCACAGGUUCCUGGCUACAGAGGUGAAUUUAUUCAGCCCGGCUCAGAUCUCUGAGAAGGUUCUGUUGAGGAUCUUGAAGCACCCGGACGUGAUCCAUGAGAUCAAAUUCAACGAGAACGACAAGCGGUCGCCUCAGCACUACGUUUACCAGCGCGGCAAAGCCGUCGACUUCUUCGUUCUUAUACUGCAGGGUCGUGUAGAAGUGGAGGCUGGUCAUGAGAAUAUGAAGUUUGAGACGGGUCCCUUCUCCUACUAUGGUGUCAUGGCACUGAGUGCGCCCACAUUAGAGUUCCGCUCCCCGUCUCAUCUCAGCGGUUUGAACCGUUCAGUGUCCCUGAACUACACCGACCGCACAGAGUCUCAGUCCAUCAGCGGCAGCAACACACAGCUCAACAGCGCCCCCUCUCCACAGUACAUCCCUGACUUCAACGUACGCGCUCUGACCGACCUGCAGAUCGUCAAGAUCACUCGAUCCCAGUAUCAGAACGGUCUCAUGGCGUCUCGUUUGGACAGCUCGCCCCAGUCUCCAGACAGCGGACACACACACACGGACCAGCACACACCUGUGGAGAACACACCAACCACAGUGCCUCAGUCUCCAUCAGAAAACACACUCACACUGCCCCUGACGGACACGCCCCCCGACGAACACACCUCCCUCCUUAACGAGCAGAACUGUCUGCCUGCCCGCCAGGCCAACCACAACACACACAACGAUGGCUCCAUCUGACACACACUUACGCACACAUGCACACACAUAUACAUACACAAUAUAACAGACUGGAAUACACAUAUAUACAAUAAGGGUACAUUAAUUAACAGUACUUACGACAGAAACCAUUCUUAACUAUUUAUUAACUGACACUAGUUACAACUAUAUUUAUUAUUAUAAAUAUAUAAUUUUUUAUCAAAUGUCUUGAUUCAUUAUUAUUUACUUUUAUUAUUCAUAUACAUUAAAAUAAGUAAAUAAGCAAUAACACACGAGAGGGAGUGCUAUAAUGUUGAAUACAUUUUAAUACAUACACAUUAUAGCACUAACCUCAAGUGAAUUAUUGCCGUUUAUUAGAAGAUUUUGAGUUAAAGAGGACUAGAAAAUACAAUCUGUUUGGUUAUAAACACUCCCAUUGCUGUUCUGUUUGUAGCUGUACUGUUUGGCUUGUAAGCGCUGCAUUGUUGCUAGGUUACCUGUAACCUAGGAGUAAUACAUGGAGAGCUUCGGUUACAGUGCAUUACCAGCUGAUAGUGGUACUCGCAGAACCUCUCUCAGCCUAUCACACAUUGCAGGGAUGGAACUAGCUGUGGUAUAAUGUUUAAUAAUGUUUUAACUAGUGUCAAUUAAUGAAUCAUUAGUUGAGACAUUAUUUAACCAUUUAGCAAAAUUUAUUAUGGUCAUAAGUACUGUUAUUAGACACGUUUAUAGUGAAGUGUUACUCAAUCUGUCUCCAGCUUGGUGGAUCUACAGAUUGAGAACAGACGAGUGUGUAUAGACCAGCGCACACACACACACACACAUAUACACACACACUGAACUGCCUCCUGAUACUCUCCAGUGAUUUUUACAGGCUUGACUCCCACAAAUCUGCCAAAUCAAGUUGCCAACAAAAGGAUGAAGAAAGAGUGUCCUGUGUGUCUGUGGAAGAGUGAGUGAGUAAGUGAGUUAGAGAGAGAGAGAGCGAGAGAGAUACAGAAUGUGUGUCUUCUGUUUCCCGGAACAGAUGACCCCUCGCUCGACCUCGUCCAAGUGUUCCCACUCCAAACGCAAGACUUCCUGCUCCAAACACUAAUCAUUCUUGAGGUAUUUUUCAGGAUUGCACAGAUUGGAGCGGAUGAUUCUUUCCAAACCAAACCAAAAUAUAUUUUAUUGUCACGUUUUUAAAGAAAGAAUGCUCACAGAAUGUAAGUGUGAUUAAUAUUUUAAUCGGUUUUACAGCAGUAGUUUGCUGAAAAUGCAGCUUUGCACAGUUUUUUUUUCACUCAAAAAGUGUUUGAAGUUCAAAUGUGGUCAAUUAGCUCAAACAUCUCUGGUGCCUAAAGUUAGAUUUAUUAAUUUUUUUACGUUUUGUGAUGAAGAUAUGAGACUAAGGCCUAAUCCCAUUUCACCUCCUGGCCACUUACCCCUUCUUUUGAGAGUAACCCUUCCCCUUGGAAUAGAGUUAAAAAUCCUACACCUCAAAAAUUGGAACAACCCUUGAAAUUAGCAUUGAUUAGCUUUUAUAUUAUUUUAUUUUUCCGUUCCGCCUUAAAUGCUGCAGCCCCUUCUAUCUGUUACACCAAUUAAGGUGGAAUGGGAAAGUUAGCUAGAGCUACUAGCAAAGUUUUUUUUUUUUUUGUUUAUGCUUGAUAUGAAGAAUUUGGCCGUAAAACAUUGAAACUACACAUUAAACUAUGAUAAUAUAGUGCAAAUCAUCACUUUUAACAAGGAAAAACCUACAUUUGUGGGUUUCUCAUAACCCUUGGUUUGAAGUGUGUAUCAGAAAAAAGGGCUAACAAACUCUAUCCCUUCCCCUACCCUACCCCUCCAGCCUAACAAGAAUCGGGACACCCCUACCCCUCAACAUGCACGUGCAAAAUAGAGGGUUAGAGGUAAGGGGUAGGGCCAAGGGGUGAAAUGGGAUUAGGCCUAAGUGUGGCUAACUUGUUAAAGAGGCUUCAGCCAUCUGAAACCAGCACUUUCAGAAACCCAUUUACACCUGUUUUUUAUGUAAUCAGAAUCUGGAUUGUUGUAUUCUGAUAUGAUUUAAGUUGUUUUGUAGUCAGAUUUGUGUCUUAGGUUAAUCAGGCUGAAAUCCAAUUACGUCAGAAACCAUCUUUCUUUUUAGCAUCAGGCCAAGACACAUUAAAAUGAAUACAUCCAAGUGUAAACGCACCCAAGACACAUAUUUAAAAUCGAUACAAAUCUGAUCACUCAAACAAACCACAUCAGGAGGGUCAGUGUAAUGUUUUCUGGUUGUUUGAGGUUAAGUACGAAAAUAGAAUUGAGUGUUAAACAUUUUCCAGUUUCCAGUUACAGGCUGAAUUAUCUACUGUUUUUUGCUUACCUCCGUGGUCCUCCAGUAAUUUUAGUACCAUCUGGAUCCACAUCUCUGAGUUUCUUCUCCUCGCCUUUAAUAAAAUAGCUAUUUGUCCAAUUACACUUUGGGUGCGAAUUUCCACGGAGAUCCGUGGAACAAACACAACAGCAAGUGGAAAUGGAGGAGCUACUGAACGUGAUGUCACGUGACCGAGAAAAAAAAAAAAAAAAAAAAACA